UUGAAUUCAUUAAUCAUUCCAGAUGUGUUCUGUGUUGGAAGAACUGAUGGAUACUACUCAGACGGAUGUUCUACAGAAUACAAGGCUUGCAUAGUUGGCAAAUACUACAAGCUCAAAUGCCCUGGCACGCUCAAAUUCUCUCAAGCUUUGCAACGAUGUGAACCUGAGAGUGACGUCGAGGAAUGCUCAAAUCCAUGCAGCAAUCGUGCAGACGGUAUCCAUCAACUCGGCUGUCAAAACAAGUAUUUGGUGUGCUUCAGCGGUAAUGCACGUAUGUUCUACUGCCCAGCUGGACUCAUCUACAAUCGACUUACCGCCAGCUGUGAAGAUCGCUCUCAAGUGCCUGAGUGUCGUACAUAUUAG